GGUUUGUUGCGGUUGGCAGCGUUGAAGUAGAGGAAAACAGGGCAUCAUGGCGGACGCACUGAGCAUUGUCCGUCAGUACAACAUCAAUAAAAAAGAGAUCAUAGAGCGCGACGACGAGGUCAUCUUCGGUGACUUUUCCUGGCGAAAGGAUGUUAAGACCAACUACUUGAUCUGGGGAACUGGCAAAGAUGGCACUCCUAAAGAGUACUACACCCUGGAAUCCAUCUUGUUCCUGCUCAAGAACGUGCACUUGGCUCAUCCCAUCUAUGUGCGGAGAGCUGCGGCUGACAGUAUUCCUGUCAUCACAAGACCUGACAGGAAGGACUUGCUUGCCUACCUGAAUGGGGAAACAUCCACAUCUCUGAGCAUUGACAAAAGUGCUCCUCUCGAAAUCACCCUACAGAAACCCACACAAGUGAAACGAACAGCAGAAGAUGCAGACAAAGACAAUUUCAAGAAGCCAAAGGUCGAGAUGGCAAAAGUCAUGCAGGACAAGGAGCGAUUGGCUGCUCGACUGGAAACACCAAAGGAGGGAACUGUCAACAUGGAACAGAUCAGGUCCUUGUCAGAGGCCAUGUCUGUGGAGAAGAUUGCUGCCAUCAAGGCCAAACGUCUUGCCAGGAAGAGGACAACUAUCAAGACAGAUGAUGACUUGGAACUGGGUCUGAUUGAGCCCCGUAGUUUUGUUGAGGCUGAGGUUGACGUGACUCGGGACAUUGUCAGCAGAGAGCGAGUCUGGAGAAACAGAACCACCAUCCUACAGAGUUCUGGAAAGCAAUUUGCCAAGAACAUCUUUGCGAUCCUUCAGUCUGUGAAGGCCCGUGAGGAGGGCCGGGCUCCAGAGACAAGCAGCGCCCAACCAACAUCAAGCACUAGCAGCAGCAGCAGAAUGGAGACUUUCCGCAAACCCCAGCAGGCUCCAGCAGCCUACAACCGUUACGAUCAGGAGCGAUUCAGGGGGAAGGAAGAAACGGAGGGUUUCAAGAUUGACACCAUGGGUACAUACCACGGCAUGACUCUCAAGUCUGUGACGGAAGGAGCCUCUGCCAGGAAGUCCCAGGUCCCUGUGCCACAGAGUAUCCCCAGACCAGUGUCAGCAGCCAAACCCCAGCAGCCUGCCAAGAGGGUUUCCCGUACCCCCAUCAUCAUCAUCCCUGCUGCCAGCACAUCUCUCAUCACACUCUACAACGCCAAGGACGUGCUACAGGACCUCAAAUUCGUGAGCACGGAGAAUAAGAAGCAGAUGGGGAUGAAGAAGGAGAACGAGGUACUGCUGCAGCGGAGGAAGGAGGUGGUCCAGCCGGGCGGGGUCACACAGAACGUCACCGUGCCCUACAGAGUCAUCGACACCCCUAACAAACUCACCGGCGACGAAUGGGAGCGUGUUGUGGCAGUGUUCUGUCAGGGCCCUGCCUGGCAGUUCAAGGGGUGGCCAUGGCUGCUGCCGGAUGGUUCACCUGUGGACAUCUUCUGCAGAAUCCGUGCCUUUCACCUGAAGUUUGAUGAGCUGAAGCUGGACCCGAACAUCCAGAAGUGGGACGUGUGUGUCCUGGAGCUCAGCCGACACAAGCGACACAAGGACAGAGCCAGUCUGCUCAGAUUCUGGGAGGUGUUGGACAAAUACAUGAUGAAGCACAAGCCACACCUGAGAUUCUAAAACAUCACCAUCUGGACAUGACAAAUCUUCAAAAACACAUGCCAAAAAAGAAUGAUUACUUCCUGUUUUCCCAAAUAUUCAAUUAAUCUACACUCUGUCACUCAGAUAAACAAGACCAUAGAAUAGUUUGGAUGGCAAAACUUUGUAUUUAAGAAGAUAGCAUACAUGUAGUUACCAAAAGAUCAUUAUGAUAUAUUGAUUAAGCUGUAAGUAAAUUGCUUGUAGGUUACAAUAUAUUCACUCCCAUAGGUUCUGUUUUGAACAAAGGAUGUUUCUGGAGGCAUGCAUUAGAAGAUAUUGGAUAUUGAGUCUCAAUACUGUAGUAGUGAGACUUAAAAUCAUGGAUGUAUGACUUGUAAAAAAAUGUGUAAUGGAAAUCAGUGGUUGGCACUGAUACCAACCCAGUUAGAAUCUUGCAAUUAGAAUACUUUGUAUUAUUUUGACUCCAUAAGCUUAUGUACACAAUUCAAGCCAGCUUUUGUAUAAUGCUGCUUUCUAUAUCCUUGUUUGAAACAUACAAUACCUGUAAAAAAUCGUGUGUGAUAGACCUAACCUGUACCGGCCUCAAGUGUAAAUCGAUAUGGAUGGAUAUUUUUGGAAUAGGGUAUUGGUGUUUGGCAAACGAUUAUGUAAAAAAAAAUUGAAAGGUGGACCUAGAAUAGAAAAGGUACUAUCCAAUUACCUGCUUCAAUAUUUUUAUAGGGAGCGUUGAUUGAUUUGUUGGCCUGGCUGCAAAUUAGAGAGGUUAGGUAAAACAUGUAUUGUCAAGAAACAGAAGUGAGAAUACACAGACUUAAAAAUGAUUCUUGAAUCAGCUUGUAUAUAAA